CAAAGAGAAUACUUUGACUAACUGCUCUUUCAACAUGGCGGACAUCUCAACAUCAAGCCUCGCAGCAUCAAACUGGUUGACUCUAGAUAUUGUAAUCGGGAUCAUGGUCUGCAUUUACACGAAGAGAAGAUAUUAUCCUGCCCAUUCUGACAAACAGAUCACGAAUCUGCUCCCUUGUUAGGAGAGUUAUUAAUUGUUUCGCUUAACUGGUUCGGAAACCAGUUGUGUGCUCGUCUUUUGAACUGGUGUGGAAAAUAAAACUGUGGUUUAUGUUUGCGGUGCAACAAAAGAAAGGUGGGCAAAGACCCAGAUAUCUUCUCUCUUUUUUGCGAGAAAAAGACUCAGAUAUCUAAAAGCAGGUUCAGCAAUAUCAGUUCCAGCCUAGCAAUCUUUAACAUGGUACAUGAGGGUUCAUAUGUACUCCCAAUAUUCGGGAGAAUAAAAGACAUUCCCAAAAGGAUAAGGCCAGGGACAGACCUAGCUAACGUGGGGGCAUUGGGGGCAUUCCCCGUGCACGCUGCGUGUCUCCGGUCCAUGCCACCAACUUCCCACCGGCAUUCAAACAUUCCCGACCUUUUUCUUGCAGUACAAAUGAAGCAUCUCCACCGGAAUCCUAGCGACCAGUCCGUCCCGCCGCCGCUGCCAUGGAGGAUUGGCUCUUCUACUCGCUAACCACCAUGCUCUGCCUCCUCAGCUCGCUGCUGCUGCGGGCCCGGGCCCGCAGCCCGUCCCAUUCCGCGACGCUGACGCCGCCGCUGCCUCCAGGUCCGGUGCCGCUGCCGGUUCUGGGCCCGCUGCUCCACCUGGCGCGUCGCGACUUCGACCUGGAGCCCGUGCUGCGGCGCCUCGCGCGGGCCUACGGCCCGGUCUACUCCUUCGCGCCAUUGGGGCUGGCGCGGCCGAUGAUAUUCGUCGCGGCGCGAGGCCCGGCCCACCGCGCCCUCGUCCAGCGUGGCGCCGCCUUCGCCUCCCGCCCGCGCGCCACCGCUCCCGCCGCCGCCGUGCUCACCAGCGGCGGCCGUAACGUCAGCUCCGCGCCGUAUGGGCCCACCUGGCGCGUGCUCCGUCGCACCCUCGCCUCCGGCGUGCUCAACCCGGCCCGCCUCCGCGCCUUCGCCCCCGCCCGGCGCUGGGUGCUCGACGUCCUCCUCUCCCGCAUCCGCUCCGGCGGCGGCGUCGUCGCCGUCAUGGAGCCCUUCCAGUACGCCAUGUUCUGCCUCCUGGUGUACAUGUGCUUCGGCGGCGAUCGCCUCGGCGAUGCGCGCGUGAGGGACAUCGAGGCGCUGCAGCGUGACCUCCUCGCCAACUUCCUCAGCUUCCAGGUCUUCUCCUUCCUCCCGCCGCUCACCAAGCUCGUCUUCCGCCGCCGGUGGAGCAAGCUCGUCUCGCUGCGCCGGCGGCAGGAGGAGCUCUUCGUCCCGCUCAUCCGCGCCAGGAGGGAGGCCGGCGCUGGCGGCGACUGCUACGUGGAUUCCCUGGUGAGGCUUGCCAUCCCGGAGGAUGGAGGGAGGGGGCUCACGGACGGCGAGAUCGUCAGCCUCUGCUCCGAGUUCCUGAGCGCCGGGACCGACACCACUGCCACGGCGCUGCAGUGGAUACUCGCGAACCUGGUCAAGAACCCGGCGAUGCAGGACAGGCUAAGGGAGGAGGUCUCCACCGCCGUCGACGGCGAGCUGCGGGAGGAGGACCUGCAGGGGAUGCCGUACCUCAAGGCCGUGGUGCUGGAGGGGCUGAGGCGGCACCCGCCGGGGCACUACGUGCUGCCGCACGCCGCGGCGGAGGAGACGACGCUGGACGGGUACCGCGUCCCGGCGGGCACGCCGGUAAACUUCGCGGUGGGCGACAUCGGGCUGGACGAGGAGAUCUGGACGGCGCCGUCGGAGUUCCGGCCGGAGCGGUUCCUGCCGGGCGGCGAGGGGGAGGACGUGGACCUCACCGGUAGCAAGGAGAUCAAGAUGAUGCCGUUCGGCGCAGGCAGGAGGGUCUGCCCCGCCAUGGCGCUGGCGCUGCUGCACCUCGAGUACUUCGUGGCCAACCUGGUGAGGGAGUUCGAGUGGCGGGAGGAGGCCGGCGAGGAGGUGGACCUCACCGAGAAGCUCGAGUUCACGGUUGUCAUGAGGCGGCCGCUCAAGGCGAGGGCUGUGCCGCUGAGGCAAGGAAGGCCCAUCGCUGCCACGGGCUCAGGUUGAUCGACGGGGGCCAACCAUCUUCUCCUUUCCCGAAUGUUUAGUACAGUAGUAGUACAUCGUAGCUUCUCGCUGCUCAUGAUCAUAUAAAGAUGGUAAUUAGGUUAAGCUUGUCUUCUUGUUUUUCUUAAUUUGCUUUUGUUUGCUAAUGAAAUGUAAUGUGUGUGGUUUUCUAAUCUAAAGACAGAUUAGAAUGAAAUCAAUGAACGUACAGGAGAA